UCGUGAGCGCGGCAAGCCAGCAAGCAAACCAGUGAGACAGAGGAGAGAGGGACCAGGAUAGAGACCCAGAGAAAGAGAAGAGGAAGCUGAGCUCUGUGGGGGCUCAACCUCUAACUUGUUUCAGUUCAUUCAUCCUUUUCUUCUGUCCACUUCAGGAAGUGACUGUGGCGCUUGGACUCUCCAAGUUGGUGCCUAAGAAGAUGAUAAUCAAAAAAAUGAGUUACUUCUACAUGACCAGCUUUGGGCUUCUCUUCCUGAUGAAUAUUCCCCCUGAAACAACUGGCCAAGGGGAAUCAAGACGACAAGAGCCUGGGGAUUUUGUGAAGCAGGAUAUUGGCGGACUCUCUCCCAAACAUGCCCCAGAUAUUCCCGAUGACAGCACUGAAAACAUCACUAUCUUCACCAGAAUCUUGGACCGUCUUCUGGAUGGCUAUGACAAUCGGCUGCGACCUGGUCUUGGAGAUGCAGUGACUGAAGUGAAGACUGAUAUCUACGUGACCAGUUUUGGCCCUGUGUCAGAUACUGACAUGGAGUACACCAUUGACGUAUUUUUUCGACAGACAUGGCAUGAUGAAAGACUGAAAUUUGAUGGACCGAUGAAGGUCCUUCCACUGAACAAUCUUCUGGCUAGUAAGAUCUGGACCCCUGACACCUUCUUUCACAAUGGGAAGAAAUCGGUGGCCCAUAACAUGACCACACCUAACAAGUUGCUCAGACUGAUAGACAAUGGAACCCUCCUCUACACAAUGAGGUUAACAAUUCAUGCUGAGUGUCCCAUGCAUUUGGAAGAUUUUCCCAUGGAUGUGCAUGCCUGCCCACUGAAGUUUGGAAGCUAUGCCUAUACAAAAGCUGAAGUGGUUUAUUCUUGGACCCUUGGGAAGAACAAAUCUGUGGAAGUAGCACAGGACGGUUCUCGCCUGAAUCAAUAUGACCUGCUGGGCCAUGUUGUUGGGACAGAUAUAAUCCGCUCUAGUACAGGAGAAUAUGUUGUCAUGACAACCCACUUCCACCUCAAGAGAAAAAUUGGCUACUUUGUGAUCCAGACCUACUUGCCAUGCAUUAUGACUGUCAUUCUGUCACAAGUGUCUUUCUGGCUGAACAGAGAGUCUGUUCCGGCUCGCACAGUCUUUGGUGUCACCACUGUUCUCACCAUGACCACCCUGAGUAUCAGUGCCAGAAACUCCUUACCUAAAGUGGCAUAUGCGACGGCCAUGGACUGGUUCAUAGCCGUCUGUUAUGCCUUUGUAUUUUCUGCGCUGAUCGAAUUUGCCACUGUCAACUACUUCACCAAGAGGAGUUGGGCUUGGGAAGGCAAGAAGGUGCCAGAGGCCCUGGAGAUGAAGAAGAAAACACCAGCAGCUCCGACAAAGAAAACAGGCACCACCUUCAACAUCGUGGGGACCACCUAUCCCAUCAAUCUGGCUAAGGACACUGAGUUCUCCACCAUCUCCCAGGGUGCUGCUCCCAGUGCCCCCUCAACACCAACUACCAUUGCUUCACCGAAGACCACCUACGUGCCGGACAUCCCAACUGAAACCAAGACCUACAAUAGUGUCAGCAAGGUUGACAAAAUUUCCCGCAUCGUCUUUCCUGUGCUCUUUGCCAUUUUCAAUCUGGUCUAUUGGGCCACAUAUGUCAACCGGGAGUCAGCUAUUAAGGGCAUGAUUCGCAAACAGUAGAUAGUGGCAGCACAGCAACCAGAGUACAGUAUACCCUAGGAAGCAUCCAAGCACCUAAACCCUGGGGCUCCCCUUCAUGUGUUUCAGGAUUCUUCUUGUUAACCCUCUACCAAGCUAUUACUCUCAAUUCAUAUUUAUGAACCUCAAUGAAGAAAAAAAGCAACAGAAAAA